GUGCACGAGCAGGAGUUUGGAAACACUGGAAGGUUUUAGUAAUGAGGUGUUAGUAACAUUAAACAAUGAAGAGAAGAACCGUGAAACCUGCUGAUUCCUCCCCAGAAAGGAAGGACAGGAAGGCAGCCAGCAGCUUGAAACAGCAGGGAUCUCAGUCCGGUCGGAGGUUAAAAAAAGGUUUACUGAUUGCUGUUGCUGUCUGCAUUCUGGUACCUGUCGUUUAUAAAGUAAUCCCUGAUUUUAUUCAGGCGGUUAUUUACACCUACAGACUUCAUGUGCCUUUCUUUGUGGACCUCGGCCGACCUGCUGAUCUCUCCCUCAAUCACACCAUCAACAUGUACUUAACAUCAGAGGAAGGGAUUUCCCUGGGUGUGUGGCAUACUGUUCCUGAGAGUCGGUGGAAAGAAGCUCAAGGGAAGGACCUGAUUUGGUACCAGAACACUCUGAAUGAUGGGAAUCCGGUCUUCUUAUAUAUGCACGGUAACACAGGUUGGAGCAAAACGCCUUCAUCUCUUGGGGCUGUGUUUCUGUGCAGGGUGAUCUCCAACACUGCGGUGAAGCUGCUUGAACAAGGCAUUGUUUUUGAUGGCGUCAUUCUCGAGGGGGCGUUCAAUAGUGAACGACAGUAUAUGCCGUUUUAUGUUUUUGGCUGGUAUUACAUGACAUUUCCAGGCAUUAAGAACCUGUUCAGGUUCCUGUGGGAACAAAAAAAGGUUGUCUUUCCUACAGAACAAAAUUUGAAGAAAAUGAAGAGUCCGAUUCUGUUUCUCCAUUCAGAGGACGAUCACUUGGUUCCCAUAGAAGUAGCUCGACGGACGUAUGAGGUCGCUGCGAAGGCGCAGGGUAAAGACAGAGUCAAGCUUGUGACAUUUGAUGGUUCUCUGGGAUACCUGCACAACGGCUUAUAUCGCGAUCCGAAGCUUCCCGGUGUCUUAAAGGAAUUUGUGAAUUCGUUGUAGCAUUGGAAAGAGUACUUGGACCUCGGAUAAAGAUGGACCUGAAUGUAACAAGAACGUUAAGUGUUAUUUUCAUCAAGCAGUAAAGAGCCUAAUGCUCCGAUUUCAGAAUCAGAAUUUUGGAUCCAUCUUUUAGGUAAAACCUUCUGGAAAGAUCAUCCAGUUUGCAUUCAGGAAAUUAUCUGGCAAAAUUAAUCGACAAAAGGUUAAAUUUACAUUUCAAUAUCUAAGCAAAUUAUACAUGCAACAAGCCCAGAGUGGAAUUUGUUUUUUAAUACUUUAACAUUUUCAUAAAAUCCUUUAAUAAUCACAUUUUUUUAAUAACUUUUAAUUCAUAUGCAAUAAAGUGUUGCAGCUUUUGAUAAACAUUAAAAGUACUUGAGUUGAAUGAUUGGUUAAACACACUGAAGUGUUGUAUCCUUUUUUUGUAAAGUCGGUUUCUUAUUCUCUAAAUGCAGAACAUGUAAAGCUUCAAGAUGAUUUUUACUGUAA